CAGUAGACAACCAAAAAAAGGAGAUUAAUAAUAUAACUGAGUCAAAGCGCAUUCACUUUCCAACUUUUGCUAUUAAAAAUGUUUUAUAUAAAAAUAUUAGAGGUAAAGUUUCAACCUAUGCUUUAAAAAAAAUCAAUGAGCAAUAUCAAAGAGCAAAACUUGUUACUUCACAAGAACCCCUACCACCAUAUA